ACAAGUUAGGGAAUCGAGGACUCCUUACACUUUUUUCUCUCAUUUUUUCUCACACUUCUCAUCUCUCUCUCUCUCUCUCUCUCUCUCUCUGUAUCUGGAAUCAUUGAAGACAUUGAUCGAUUGUUCAAGGUUUGAGCAAAAACAUUCUCUUCUCUGCAAUCUUUCUACACAUCUGAUUCAUCAAGUGUAUAAAAAAACAAAAAAAAAAAACAAAAGAAAACCCAAUUGGAAUUUGGGUUUGAGUUGCUACACUUGGGUUGGUUAGUGGGUGGGGAGUUCGAGAUGUCGGUGAGGUUUCAUGUUGGUGGGAAAGUGGUGGAUUCUGUUGAUUUGUUGAAAAAGAGACAUUGGUCAUGGCGCUUAGAUGUAUGGCCUUUUGCGGUACUUUAUGCUGCUUGGAUAGUCACAAUACUACCUAGCUUGGACUUUGUGGAUGCUGCAAUUGUUCUUGGUGGUCUUGCUGUUCUUCAUAUUCUGGUGUUCCUCUUUACGGGUUGGUCGGUGGAUUUCAGAUGCUUUGUCCAAUAUUCUAAGGUUAAAGAUAUUCAUCAAGCAGAUGCAUGCAAAAUAACUCCGGCUAAAUUCUGUGGUUCUAAAGAAGUUGUGCCACUUCAUUUUCGGAAGCUGGCAGGUUCUUCAUCCUCAGUGGAGGAAGAGAUUUAUUUUGAUUUCAGAAAGCAAUGUUUCAUCUACUCAAAGGAAAGUGAGACCUUUUGUAAGCUUCCUUACCCUUCCAAGGAAACAUUUGGCUACUAUCUCAAAAGUACUGGCCAUGGUUCUGAAGCAAAAGUCAAUGUUGCAACUGAGAAAUGGGGACGCAAUGUCUUUGAGUAUCCUCAACCCACUUUCCAGAAAUUAAUGAAAGAACACUGCAUGGAGCCUUUCUUCGUAUUUCAGGUCUUCUGUGUGGGUCUCUGGUGUUUGGAUGAGUAUUGGUAUUACAGUUUGUUCACCCUAUUUAUGCUGUUUAUGUUCGAGUCAACAAUGGCAAAAAGUCGGUUGAAGACUCUGACUGAGCUUAGACGUGUAAGAGUGGAUGGCCAGACUGUGAUGGUGCAUCGUUGUGGGAAGUGGGUGAAACUCUCUGGGAUGGAUCUUCUCCCUGGGGAUGUUGUGUCUAUUGGACGCUCUACUGGUGAGAAUGGAGAAGAUAAGUCUGUACCAGCAGACAUGCUUAUAUUAGCUGGAAGCGCUAUAGUAAAUGAAGCAAUUCUCACAGGCGAAUCUACUCCCCAAUGGAAGGUUUCGAUCAUGGGUAGAGGAGCUGAGGAUAAGUUAUCAAUUAGGCGAGAUAAAACCCAUGUUCUUUUUGGAGGGACAAAGAUAUUGCAGCAUACCCCAGAUAAAAGCUUUCUUAUGAAAACCCCUGAUGGUGGCUGCUUGGCGGUUGUUUUACGAACUGGGUUUGAAACAAGCCAAGGAAAACUGAUGCGAACUAUUUUAUUUUCUACGGAGAGGGUAACUGCUAACAGCUGGGAAAGUGGGCUCUUCAUACUGUUCUUAGUUGUAUUUGCUGUCAUAGCUGCUGGUUAUGUACUUAAAAAGGGACUGGAGGAUCCUACAAGGAGCAAAUACAAGCUUUUUCUGAGUUGUUCAUUGAUUAUUACUUCUGUGAUCCCACCUGAGCUGCCAAUGGAAUUAUCGAUAGCUGUUAAUACAUCUCUUAUUGCACUGGCACGGCGUGGGAUAUUUUGUACAGAACCUUUUCGAAUUCCAUUUGCUGGGAAGGUUGAUAUAUGUUGUUUUGACAAAACGGGAACACUCACAUCUGAUGACAUGGAGUUUUGUGGAGUUGUUGGCUUGACUGACAGCAUGGAGUUAGAAACAGAUAUGAGUAAAGUUCCUGGCCGCACUGUGGAAAUUCUUGCUUCUUGUCAUGCUUUGGUGUUCGUGGACAACAAGUUGGUCGGUGAUCCUCUUGAGAAGGCUGCACUUAAGGGAAUAGAAUGGAGUUAUAAAUCUGAUGAGAAGGCUAUGCCGAAAAAGGGAGGUGGCAAUGCUGUUCAGAUUGUGCAGAGACACCACUUCGCAUCUCACUUGAAACGCAUGGCAGUUGUUGUUCGUGUUCAGGAGCAAUUUCUUGCUUUUGUGAAGGGUGCACCAGAAACCAUUCAGGAUAUGCUUAUUGAUUUACCUUCAUCAUAUGUUAAAACUUACAAGAAAUAUACACGUCAAGGAUCUCGAGUUUUGGCCCUGGCUUAUAAGUUUAUUCCAGAAAUGACAGUCAGCGAAGCUAGAAGCUUGGAUAGAGAUGUUGUGGAGAGUGGGCUUACUUUUGCUGGUUUUGCGGUAUUUAAUUGUCCUAUUAGAGGAGAUUCGAGCACUGUGCUGUCUGAGCUGAAAGCAUCGUCACAUGACUUGGUGAUGAUCACUGGUGAUCAAGCCUUGACAGCCUGCCAUGUUGCUAGUCAAGUUCAUAUUAUUUCAAAACCAGCCCUGAUUCUUUGUCGGUCAAAGAAUGGCGAAGGAUAUGAGUGGGUUUCACCAGAUGAAACUGAGAUUAUUGGUUACAGUGAGAAAGAUGUUGAAACUUUAUCAGAGACUCAUGAUCUCUGUAUCGGGGGUGAUUGCUUUGAAAUGUUGCAGCGGACCUCUGCUGUUUUUAAAGUCAUCCCAUAUGUGAAGGUUUUUGCUAGGGUUGCCCCCGAGCAAAAGGAGCUCAUCAUGACUACCUUUAAAACAGUAGGGAGGAUAACAUUGAUGUGUGGUGAUGGAACUAAUGAUGUUGGAGCUCUGAAGCAGGCCCAUGUAGGAGUAGCUUUGUUGAAUGCAAUCCCACCGCCAAGUACAAAGUCUAAAGAUGAAAAAUCUUCUAAAGAUGAAAGUACAAAGUCUGCCAAGUCAAAGAAACCUAAGCCCGCAAUAGAAGCCAGCAAAGCCUCGAGUGCAAAUGGAGAAGGCCCUUCAAAAAGCAGAGCUGUUGCAAGGUUAGAAUCUGCCAGCCAGUCAGCUGGUAACCGUAAUCUGACAGCUGCAGAGAAGCAACAACAAAAGCUGAAGAAGCUCAUGGAGGAACUAAAUGAGGAAGGUGACGGUCGAUCCGCUCCCAUUGUCAAGCUCGGUGACGCUUCAAUGGCAUCCCCAUUCACUGCAAAGCACGCAUCGGUGGCCCCCACCACUGAUGUAAUCCGUCAGGGCCGUAGUACCUUAGUAACUACUCUCCAGAUGUUCAAAAUACUUGGUCUUAACUGUCUUGCAACUGCCUAUGUGCUGUCUGUCAUGUACCUUGAUGGUGUCAAGUUGGGCGAUGUACAAGCCACAAUUAGCGGGGUAUUCACAGCCGCAUUCUUUCUAUUUAUCUCACAUGCUCGUCCACUCUCCGCCCUCUCAGCUGAGCGGCCCCACCCCAAUAUCUUCUGUUCCUACGUCUUUCUCUCGUUGCUAGGUCAGUUUUCUCUCCACCUGUUUUUCUUGAUUUCAUCGGUGAGAGAGGCAGAGAAAUACAUGCCUGAGGAAUGUAUCGAACCAGACUCUGAGUUCCACCCAAACCUAGUGAAUACUGUGUCAUACAUGGUAAGCAUGAUGAUCCAGGUGGCGACUUUUGCUGUGAACUACAUGGGCCAUCCGUUCAAUCAGAGCAUAACAGAAAACAAACCAUUUUUAUAUGCCCUUUUGGCUGCUGUCGGGUUUUUCACUGUCAUCACCUCCGAUUUGUUGAGGGACUUGAAUGAUUGGUUGAAAUUGGUUCCUUUGCCAUCAGGACUGAGGGAUAAACUGUUGCUUUGGGCUUUUCUCAUGUUCUUGGUGUGCUAUACGUGGGAGCGGUUAUUGAGGUGGGCUUUCCCGGGUAAAAUUCCAGCCUGGAAGAAGAAGCAACAGCUGGCUGAGGCCAACUUAGAGAAGAAACGCAUCUAAAUGAAUAGCGGUAUGAAACAGUACUAACUUUAUCAGCAUUUUUGGCCGAGGCAGUGGGCAGAAAACAUUUCAGAAAGAAUAGCAACUGCUAUACAAUAGAAGGGAAUGAUUAUGAAGUUGAGGGACUUAUUUUAAGCUUCCGGUAUGUAUCAUUAUUCUUUAUAAUUAAGGCCGCCUAUUUUUUGUUAAAUUUGAGGUGGGAAUAUUAAGUUGAAUAUAUGCUUUUCAUGAUCUUUUGUUUGGAGGGGUGGUAGGUAUAACAAUGCUGGUUGAAUGUUUUGCUGGGAAGAAUUGGUAUAUGUAUAAUGGACACAAGGUAACAUAUAUCAUAUGGAGAUGUUGAUUUUUAUUUUUCCUUCUUUCUU